CCUGGCACACAGCUCUUUGAGUGUCAUGUAAACCACCCCUUCGCUCCCCCCUUUUUGUCCCAUUCACUGCCUGCCACCCUCCCUUCUCUCUGCCGCACCCUGUGGCCUCUCUGCUUUGGACUUGGGGGGGUUUGCCUGCCUCUAUAAAAACCCUGCUUGUGCCCUGAAAGAGCUUCAUUCCCCAUCAUGGAGAGUCAGCGAUUCCAGUCCUCGUACAGGAAGCGUUUUGGGCCUCAGGGCUCGAGCAGCACGGGACUCAGAAUUGGGAGUCUUUCUUCCAACCGCCUCUCCUGGCAUGGCACCACCCGCACCCACUCCAGCCCAGUGUCCCGGCUCUCCUUCGGCUCAGCCAACACAUCCCUGCUGCUGGGGAGCCCCGGGGAGCGGCUGGACUUCUCGGCGGACACCCUGCUGAAGGCCCAGUACAAGGAGACGCGCACCAACGAGAAGGUGGAGAUGAUGGGCCUGAACGACCGUUUUGCCAGCUACAUCGAGAAGGUGCGCCUCCUGGAGCAGCAGAACAAGGUGCUGGUGGCAGAACUGAACCAGCUGAAGGGAAAGGAGCCCAGCCGCCUGGGAGACAUCUACCAGGAGGAGCUGAGAGAGCUGCGCAAGCAGGUGGACGGCCUCACCGCCGGCAAAGCUCGGCUGGAGAUAGAGAGGGAUAACCUGGCUGCAGAUCUGACCACGCUCAAGCAGAGGUUGCAGGAUGAGAUUGGCCUGCGGCAGGAUGCAGAGAACAAUUUGAAUGCUUACAGACAGGAUGUGGAUGAGGCGUCUCUAAACCGUGUCCAAUUAGAGAGGAAGAUUGAUGCCCUGCAGGAUGAGAUAAACUUCCUGAAGAAGACUCAUGAUGAGGAGCUGCGUGAGUUACAGGAACAGAUCAUGGCCCAGCAGGUGCAUGUCGACUUGGAUGUAUCCAAACCAGACCUGACCGCUGCUCUGAGAGACAUCAGGAUCCAGUACGAAACUGUGGCCUCUUCAAACAUGCAGGAGACGGAGGAGUGGUACCGAUCCAAGUUUUCUGACCUGUCAGAUGCAGCCAAUCGAAAUGCAGAAGCCCUGCGUCAAGCCAAACAGGAGGCCAAUGAAUACCGACGUCAGAUCCAAGUGUUGAACUGUGAUCUUGAGGCUCUCCGCGGGACAAACGAGUCUCUGGAGCGACAGCUCCGGGAGAUGGAGGACCGCUUCUCCAUGGAGACUACUGGUUACCAGGAUACAGUGAGCCAUCUGGAGGGGGAGAUCCAGGCACUGAAGGAGGAGAUGGCGAGACACCUGCAGGAGUACCAGGACCUUCUCAACGUCAAGCUGGCCCUGGAUAUCGAGAUCGCCACCUACAGGAAGCUGCUGGAGGGAGAGGAGAGCAGGAUCACCAUCCCAGUUCAGAGCUUUUCCAACCUGCAGUUUAGGGAAACUAAUCUGGACACUAAAACCUCAGAGGCCCACGUGAAGAGGAGCAUCCUGGUUCGAACUGUGGAGACCAGAGAUGGGGAGAUCAUUAAGGAAUCAACAACUGAACAUAAAGAUCUUCCUUAAAGUUUGGCGACCAGAGCUCCCAUCUUGUCUUCAGGCUCAGUUUGAGGAUUUUAAACAAUUCUUACAGCUUUUUGUCUGUUUCCAUUCCCCAAAACUGCUCCAUCAGAGUCUUGAUAUCAUUCCAUUUUUCUCUCCCACAACCAUGAAAUAGUCAUUAAAUACUGCUAGACUUCCUCAGUAGAAUAUGCACAAAAAACACCUAUGUUCAAGAGCUUCAAGAGCUUCAUUUGGAUGUAGGUCAGUCAGUCAUCCUAAGUGGCCUUUAGCCUGUUCCAGUAAAAACUAAUGGAAACUACUGGUAACCUGUUUUGUUUUAACUUGGACUGACAGACCAGAUUUUUAGCAUUGUUUCAGAUUAGCUGCCGUAGAAGAAACAUAGUGAUUGUCUUCAGUUAAUAUGGAGGUGGAGGUUGAUGAUGUGUGGUUACGUGUACGUGAAAUGUGGCAAGGGAAGUACGAGAGGGAGUUGAGGUUUUCAGACGUCAGAAUUGGAAGAUACGGGGGGGGGGGUGAUAGAUGUAUGUACAUUAGAGCAGCUAUUGGCAGAAAGACAGGUGAACUCGGGCUGGUUUUUAACCCAGGUGCUAGUUUGUAUUUCAGUGCUUCAUUUAAGCAGCCACGUGUCAAUUCUCACCCUGCACACCUACGCAGGUGUUUUCGAUUAGACCUUUCCUGUCUCACUUCUGGCUGAUUGCUCAGAUUGGAGUUGGGUGCAGUUUGCUUGGAUCAUCAGACCAAAUAUGUCUUGAUAUUUCUUUUUAAACGUAUUACAACCAGCUUCAGCGUCUCUGAGCAGCCAAACAAACUGGCUGCUUUUGACAGUGACCAUGGCAACCCUCACAGCGAUGUCGCAUUAUAACAAGUGGCGAGUUGUCCCCAACAACAACAGAGUCAAGAGGUUCUGUACGAACGUGCAGUCCUGAGCGGAGGUCGAGUCAGCCAAAAUGAGAACAGCUGAGAGUGUGUAGUGUGUUUAAACUUUCCUCCAUCACUUCACCUCUGCUCCUCAUCUCCUCUGUCCAUCACACAAACCCAGCUGCUGGUGUCCACUGUCUCUUGGACACAAUGUGAUAAGACAUCAUCAUUUUUUGACACCAGCACAUGUCAGAACAUGCCCACUUAUCUCGCAGAGAUGAUAGGGACAGAGCCAGGUUGGAGGUGUGGAGGAGUUGUCUGAUGUGACCUUCGCCCUUCAGCUUCACAGUUAAUCCACCAACCUCCCUCCUCCAAAGUCACCAGCGGAUUUCUGCAGUGCGAUUGAAUGAUAGCAGUGAGACGUGCAGAAGAUGCUGAGAGCGCUGCAGAGAUAACCUCUAACAAAUGGCACAACCCAACCCUGCACCAGAAAAAAAUGUUUUCCUGUUUUGAAAGGGAGGAGUCUGGGGUAAAAACAGACUGGAGGCUGGAAGGAAGGAUGGAUGAAUGGAUGGACGGAUGGACGUCACAACCCAAACACUGUAAUCAAAGCCUUGUGCUUUGUUGGAAGCCCUGCUGACUGGAGCUGCGCUGACAGGCCCUGCCACUAAUGGGAGUAGUGCUGGCAGUGGCUGUGCUCGUCGCCAAGGACAAGCAGUGAAUUUGUUCCCAUGUGCCUCCCACCUUCUCGUCUCCUCAACUUCCAGCCCUGUCACUCGACCCCCUCCUCCUGUUUCUCCCAAUAACACGCAGCCCUCUCUCUUAUUGGCUCUGUUUUGUUUUGUUUUGGGUUUGUUUUCUUUUUUGGAUAUCCAUCCUAGAUAGAAUUUCUGACUCUUGAGUCUUGUAGCUUUUGGACUUUUUUGGAAGAAACCUCUGCAGAUGUGAAGAUAACAUUAGUUGUUGACCAAUGCUGUAUGACGUCUUCUUAACAACAAUAAAAGAUUUUUGCUUGUUAGAGCUGA